UGUAAAAGUUUCAAAUGUAGCUUUAGUCUCCAGGCUUUGAAACUUAUUUCUUUGAACAGAACGCUGUUUGUAAAGGGACUGAUCGGCAUGAAGAAUCUUUCUGCAGGAAAUAUUUCAUUCAUAGACUUAAAACUGAUUGGAUUCUACAGCCUUGAAGAAUGGAGACCUUUUUUAUUUAUUCCUUACUUUCUGAUGUUUUUAUUGUCUAUCACGGCAAAUUCUAGUCUCAUAUAUUUAAUUAUAUCUCAAAAGGCUCUGCAUUCUCCUAUGUAUGUACUAAUAGGUUUAUUGGCUGUUGUAGACUUGAUCAUUGCCUAUAUUUUUGUACCCAGCAUGCUUCUUAGCUUUUUAUUUAAUUGGAGUGGGAUAUCUCUGACUGGUUGCUUGGUACAAAUGUUUUGUAUUUGUUAUGUUGGAUCAUUUCAAUCUACCUUGAUUUUGUGGAUGGCACUGGACCGCUACUUUGCGAUUUUCAAACCUCUUAAUUAUCACAAAUACAUGGAAAUCACUAACUUUCUAAAGUAUCUUAUUGUCCCAUUUAUCAGAAAUGGACUCCUGAAUGUCACUAUGAUCUCUCUGGCUGGAAAACUUUCAUUUUGUUCAACAAAUGUGAUCGAUCACUGUUUUUGUGAGCACAUGGCAUUGGUUCAGUUAGCAUGUGGAGAUAUAUCUAUUAAUAACAUUGCAGGACUUUUGACUGUUUUCCUUAUACCAACUGCAGAUUUUAUUCUCGUUUCUGUUUCUUAUUUUGUGAUUUUUGCCUCUGUGUUGAAAUCUGGUAAUGCCCACAUGAAGACCAUAAACACCUGCAUUACUCACAUCAUUGUAAUGGCAAGUAAUUUAUUUUUUGCCCUGAUUGCAUUUAUGUCAUACAGAAUAAGAAAUAAUUUUUCUACCAAUAGUCGUGUAUUUUUUAGCACAAUGUACUUACUUUUUCCGAGUUGUUUUAACCCAAUUGUUUAUGGAGUGAGAACAAAAGAAAUAAGACAAAAGUUUCUUCAGUUUAUAAGUAAAGGAAAAGUCUUUUCAUCAUAAGAUAUCCAAUUGAAAAAAUAUAUGCUAAAACUGUAACAUUUAUAUAAGGAAAUACUGUUUUGUUAAAGUGUAAAAUAGCUGAUAAAUAUGUGUAAUUAGGUCAACAAGUUUGAAAAUAUGCACAUAUGAGAUAUAAACGAGAAUUAAAUACCAAUGUGCACUCUUUUUUUUUUUUUUCUUUGCAUGCAGAACUGGAUGGGUUAUUAAAGAAUUCAAAUCAAUUAGAUUUUUCAAAAAA